AUGAAGACCAUCGUAGGGCUCUCGUGGCUCUCGGCCCUGGCUUCUUUGGCUACUUCUGGUGUCAAUGCUCAAAACAACACACCCAGUGCCUGGCCUCUUCACGACAACGGCCUGAACAAAGUCGUACAGUGGGACCAUUACUCCUUCAAGGUCAAUGGAAAGCGUCUCUUUGUUUUCUCAGGAGAGAUUCACUACUGGCGUAUCCCCGUCUACGAGGUCUGGGAAGAUUUGCUGGAGAAGAUUAAAGCAGCGGGCUUCACGGCUUUCGCCUUUUAUGGCAACUGGGCUUAUCACAGUGCAAACAACCAAACGCUGGACUUUGAAACCGGUGCGCACGACUUUACCAAGCUCUUUGAGAUUGCGCAGCGCGUUGGUUUGUAUGUGAUCACCAGGCCAGGCCCUUAUGUCAACGCUGAAGCCAAUGCCGGAGGAUUCCCGCUGUGGCUCACAACCGGUGCUUACGGAGAGCUUCGGGAUGAUGAUCCAAGAUAUCUCCAGGCUUUGGACCCUUACUUCUCCAAGUUUUCUGAGCUUACUUCUAAGCACCUUGUAACCAAGGGUGGCAAUGCACUUGUCUACCAGAUCGAGAACGAAUAUGGCGAGCAGUGGAAGGAUCGCGAAGAGAAAAUUCCCAACACGGCUGCUGGACGAUACAUGCAAGCAUUGGAGGACUCCGCACGAGCCAAUGGUAUUGACGUUCCUCUGAUUCAUAACGAUCCCAACAUGAACACCAAGAGCUGGAGCAAGGACUUUGCGCCCGGCGCUGUAGGCAAUGUUGAUGUUGCUGGAUUGGACAGCUACCCAUCUUGCUGGUCUUGCAACCUUGACGAGUGCACUGGCACCAACGGAGAAUACGUAGCCUACCAGGUCAUUGACUACUACGACCAUUUCGUUGAGGUUUCCCCAACCCAACCAUCUUUCUUCCCAGAAUUCCAGGGUGGCUCUUACAACCCCUGGGGUGGACCAGAGGGUGGCUGCCCAGGCGACAUCGGAGCUGACUUUGCAAACCUCUUCUACCGCAACCUCAUUUCGCAGCGUGUGACAGCCGUCUCACUCUAUAUGAUGUUUGGAGGAACCAACUGGGGUGCCCUAGCUGCUCCGGUCACUGCUACUUCCUAUGACUACAGCAGUCCAAUUAGCGAGAACCGUAAGAUUGACGCCAAGUAUUACGAGACUAAGAACUUGGCCAUGUUCACCCGCGUUGCCGACGAUCUUACCGUCACCAACCGUCUCGGUAACUCCAGCUCAUACACUACGAACUCAGCUGUUGAGGCUAGUGAGCUCCGCAAUCCCCUGACAAAUGCUGCCUUCUAUGUUACGAUUCACUCAACCUCUUCUUCCGCCACCAAGGAGUCGUUCAAGCUUCAUGUCAGCACUUCGGUCGGAAACUUGACUAUUCCUCAGCAUACCGGUUCGAUUGUUCUCGAUGGUCAUCAGUCCAAGAUCCUUGUUACUGACUUCGCCAUGGGCAACAACACACUCACCUACUCUACUGCUGAGGUUCUCACAUAUGCCAUGGUCGACUCUAAGCCUGUCGUUGUACUGUCCACUGGUGUUGGAGAGUCUGUUGAGUUCCACAUCAAGGGAGCCUCCAAGGGCUCUCUAGUCAGCAACGGAACAAGCUCGAACGCGACUUUCCACUCCGAAGCCCAUGGUCUCACAACUAACAUCCAGAAGGUUUCUGGUAUGAGCGUAUACCAGUUCGAUAACGGAGUGAAGGUUAUUGUUGCUGACAAGCCUACUGCAUACUUGUUCUGGGCUCCCAACCUGUCGAACGACCCAUUCGCGCCGGUCGACCAAUCUGUGCUUGUUCAGGGCCCAUACCUCGUCCGCCACGUAGCUCUAGAUGCUGGAGUUCUUGCUCUCAAGGGCGAUAUCAUGAACAGCACGGAUAUCGAGGUCUUCGCCGCCGGCAGUGCGCACACACUCUCCUGGAAUGGAAAGGAGCUAGCGACUUCGCGAACAGCAUACGGCAGCUUGAAGGCCCACGUCGCUGCGUUCAACGGCACUAUCAAACUUCCUUCUUUGGACAACUGGAAGAUGAACGAAGGACUCCCAGAGAAGACGCCAGAAUAUGACGACAGCGGCGCUGCAUGGGUUGUCGCUGACCAUCUCACCACUCCCAACCCGACCAAGCCUGAGACUUUGCCAGUCCUCUACGUGGACGAGUACGGUUUCCACAACAGCUUCCAUCUCUUCCGCGGUUACUUCGACGGCGCAGCCACUGGUGUGCAGCUCUCCGUUCAGGGCGGUCUCGCCUUUGGCUGGAGCGCAUGGUUGAACGGCGAGUUGGUCGGCUCGUGGUUGGGUAACACCACCCUGGGCAUCGGAAACAUGACCUUGUCCUUUGCCAACGCAACUCUUCACGAGAACGGUACCAACGUGUUGCUCGUCGCACAAGACAACACCGGUCACGAUCUACGUGGCGGUGCUACCGAUCCCCGCGGUAUCCUCGGUGCUACUUUGGAAGGCGCAAACUUCAUAUCCUGGAGAAUCGCUGGUGAAGCCGGCGGUGAAACCGAACUCCUCGACCCCGUACGUGGACCUCUCGCUGAGGGUGGUCUCACCGCCGAGCGUCUCGGAUGGCAUCUUCCUGGCUUUGAUGACUCUGACUGGGAGUCUGGUUCCCCAUCUGCCGGUUUCGAGGGUGCCGACAUCAAGUUCUACCGUACUACCAUCGCUCUCGACGUCCCCGCUGAGAUCGAUGCCUCUUUCGCUUUCGUCUUGAACGCUGUUGGCUCCAAGACUAUCCGCGCACAGCUCUUCGUCAACGGUUACCAAUACGCACGAUUCAACCCAUAUGUCGGAAACGAGAUCAAGUUCCCCGUUCCACCCGGUAUCCUCAACUACUCAGGUAACAACGUGAUUGGUCUGAGUGUGUGGGCGCAGUCUGAGGAGGGUGCGCAGGUUGAUGUGCAGCUUGUGCAGGAGUACGCUAUUGAGAGCAGUUGGAGCUCAAGUUUUGACUCUGAGUACUUGAGGCCGGGGUGGACUGAGGAAAGGUUGGCUUAUGCUUAA